UGUAGGGGAUUCCCUAAAUAAACCAAAAAUUUGGUAUUAAUUAGUUUCAAGAAAAUAAGAAUGAUAGGUACUGAGAAACAGUGUCUCAAAAACGACAUUCUGAUUAAAUGACACGGUUUAAUUUUCAAAAAUUGAAAACUUCUGUGCUGUAUCAUUAAAUCGUAAUGUUUGGGCUGAAACUGAGUUCAAAUAAAUGAUUAUAAAAUAUGAAUGUGUUAAAUGCCUCCAAUAUCCUGACGGCUUUGAUGUUUUGAAACAAGUUCGCUUAAUGUAGUUUUUAAGAUUCUUCAAAAAAUCUAUUGAACUCUCUGUAUAUUCCUUCAAUAGGCUGUAUAGGUUUUCUUCUUUUUGUCUAUUCAUUGAACGAAUCUAAAAAAAAGAAAAUGUCAUCAGUGUCCAAAAUUGAAAACAUAACCUAGAAUUUCUACUGAAUUUACAGUAUAAAAAUUAAAAAUGAAUCUGAAUUAGUACCUAACAAUUAAUAAUAAUUAAAUUUAUUUGGGAAAAGAGUAAUAAAGCGAAUAAAAAUGCGUUACUUACAGUAUCUAAGUUUACGUCGUUCUUUAUUGGGAUCGAAUGCAAAAAAUAUACAGGCAGAUAUACGAAACAUCGUUCAAAAUAGUUCGUAUGCAGCAAAACAAAAGACUGCAAGUUCUAUAUACCGAACGAUGAAUAUAUUUGAUAGGAAAACUAAGAUGAUACAAAGAGAAAGAGCAGCCUGUAACGACGAAUACCACUUGUCUGAAUACGUUAAAGAAGAAAUUGGUUGGCGGACAGCUGACAAAAUAUUCGACAUUAAAAGAACGUUCAAAAACGCUGUAGAACUGGGAGCCUCUCGUGGAUAUGUAUCACGGCAUUUCCUGCCGGACAGCGUGGAGAAGGUGACACUGUGUGACACAUCCAGAACUCAUCUCGAUAAGGCAAUAGUUGGUGAGGGCGUUCAAUAUGAAAAGAUGAUAAUGGAUGAGGAAAAUUUUGAAUUACCAGACGACAGCGUUGAUCUGCUGGUUUCAUCGCUUACCUUCCACUGGGUGAACGACCUUCCAGGACUCUUUGACAGGAUAAUGAAAUGCCUCAAACCUGAUGGUGUGUUGCUGGCUUGCACCUUCGGUGGAGACACUCUGAUGGAGCUGCGUCAGGCGCUCCAACUGUCGGACUUGGAGCGGAGAGGAGGGGUUUCUCCUCAUAUAUCACCGUUUACCAGACCCACGGACAUUGGGGGUUUGCUCAAUGCUGCUGGUUUUACGUUGCAAACAGUGGACAUAGACAAAAUGACGAUUUGGUACCCCAGUGCCUUUGAGUUGAUGCGCGACCUAAGGUUGGCUGGCGAGAGCAACGCAGCCCACAAUCGUUCGGGACAUCUGCCCCGGGACGUGCAGUUCGCUGCCGCCGCCAUAUACGACCAGAUGUACGGGAAGGACUUCCCCGAGAGGGGUUCCAGGGGAGUCCCGGCUACGUUCGAGAUUAUCAAUUUCGUCGGCUGGAAGCCUGACCCCUCCCAGCCGGCUCCGAUCCAGCGCGGCUCGGGACAGGUUUCUCUGAAGGAUCUGCACAAAAUCGACGAGAUAUUACAGAAGACAACCACGAUUAAAGUUGAUGAUGAUGAUAAUAAAUAAAUAAAUUGAAUAAAAACA